UCCGUGCAGGAGGCUUGCACCCAGUCGAGAGGCAGCACAAAAUAAAGACAAAGUCUGGCACACGCACCGACUAACGGGCUGGCCCGGCGUUCCGCGGAUUGAAUUGCUAGCGAUAUUGAAUUUAGCGUGGUUCCCCUGGGCUCGCCUCGGUCACACACAGGGAUGAAGGGCUAGCUACCCGCCAGGCCGUCACGGGUCUGUAGCCAUCCGCUCACCGCGUGACCAGCACACCUUUCCUCGGGCCAGACGUGCCGGGAUGGCGGGGAAGGCAGCGUGGUUCCUCCCGUUGUUGGCGGCGGGGCUGGCCCUGCUCGCCCGGGAUGCAGGCGCGGCGCUGUGCGAGCCGAUCACGAUCCCCAUGUGUAAGAAGAUGCCGUGGAAUAUGACGAGGAUGCCCAACCUGCUGCACCACAGUACCCAGGAGAACGCCAAACUCGCCAUCGAACAGUACGAGAGUCUGGUGAACUUCCAGCCCAGCUGCAGCCCCGACCUGCUCCUGUUCUUCCUCUGCUCCAUGUACGCGCCCAUCUGUACCCUAGAGUUCAGCCAGGAGCCCAUCCGGCCCUGUAAGAAGGUGUGCGAGGGUGCACGCGCCGCCUGUGAGCCCGUGGUGCUCGCCUACAACCACACCUGGCCAGACCACCUGAAGUGCGACGACUUACCUGUGUACGAGCUGGGCGUCUGUAUCUCACCCGAGGCCAUCGUCACCGAAGAGCCGCCAGAACUUGUCGGUCCGGAAUCUACAGACAGUGCAGAAAUUAGGGAGCCCGGAAAGUCAGGAAACGGACGCCGCAAACAGGAGGGACUAGAUGAAGAGGACGCCGUUGGGUUUGAGUACGACGAUGACGUCUACGAGAGUGACGACAACAAUGAAAAGUGCCCGAAGUGCAAACGACUGAAGGCCUCCUACAGAAACUUCGAGAAGAAAACUUAUCAUUAUGUGUUGAGAGUCCUGGUGAAGGGUACAGAGACCCGCGGGGAUCAGAUCGCCACGACUGUGAACGUGCUGGAGGAAUGGAAGCACCACGCCAUCAGCGUCCCCAAGGGAGAAGUGCAGCUCUGGACCAACUCCACCUGUAAAUGUCCCAGGCUGAAGGUGAACCAGGAGUACAUCAUCAUGGGGUACGAGGACAGCACCAAGGGCCGCCUCCUGCUGCUGCCAGAUUCCAUGAUAACCAACUAUUCCAGCAGGUGGCAAAAAAGAUUCAAGAAAUGGGAAAGACGGCUGAAGCGGCCGUCCGGCAGAAAGAGACGGAAAGGUCGCAAGAAACCGCAGGGGGACUCGGCUGAUCCGCAGAGCUCCAGAGAACGGAGAGAAACGGACACGGGGCGCCUGCGCAGACACAACAUGGAACAUGGGAACGAGAGUUGAUCGCGAAGGGUGAGCCUGGGUAUGAGACGUAUCACCGACACUGCCGCAUGCAAAUGACGUAAGAUGAUGGCCAGUCAUUCUUUCAACGUUUUGAUGUUUCUAGGAUUGAUUCCAAUAUGGCGGAGUAAAAACAGCUGCUGUUAACCUGUGCUAAGACCCUGACAACUCGUGAUGAAAGCUUCGUCAUGUGAUAAUGCGCAGACUUUCAACAGAAGAGCUAAGAGGGAAAAUUCCGCUGAUAUAAUGAAUCAUAGAAUAAGGAUUGCAUCCAUUACCUACUUGCUUAUAAGUAAACAUACAAGGGACAGAAGGUUUAGGUUUGUGAACACAAUGGUCUGAAGACAAAAUCGCUUGUAUACAUCUCUUAUUAAUCAUCUUCAACACGAAGUAAAUGUACACUAACGCACUAGAAAUUGCCGUCUGUCGCCUGGUAAGAAAGCAUUAAGAUUGUACUAAGUUAGACGAUCACGAGAUUUGGAUGCCUUGAGUAUCCAAUAUUGAGUUUUUACUAUCUCUCAACUUUGUUGUAAAAAUUUUGUAUAUAUUUGCCGUACGUUCGAAUGGCUUAUCGGCUGUGAUGAAUAUGUAGAAGUAUAGAAUGGAAAAGAGUUCAUGUGAUAUGCAACGUACAAUCUGUAACAUACGCAGUUCGAAGAAAUACUUCAGCCCUCGGGCUACAGGCAAGACUAGGAAAGCAAACGUGUGGCUUAUAUUGUGGCGCUUCCCAGCUAUGUGAAAAAUACAGGUGAUACAACUUUUAAUGUUACACUUGGUAUGGCCAGUAGAAACUGUUCAAGGCCGUGUGUUGGACAUGUAUUUUGGGCAUUAGCUUCUGCGCAAAACGACUAUGCUGGCAAAACAGACAACGCCUGGUUCAGUGGUCAACAGGCCUUAGAGCCAACAGGCGACUUUCUCAGAAUCUGCAAGAUAGCUCGAUAGGACCUUAUAAUUAAGAACGCCACAGAACGUGAAGAAGAGAAUUAAGUCAAGUCAAGA